ACGGAAGUAUCGACACGACCGCUCUGUGCUUAUCAAUAGCACCGUGUCCGUUCCGUAUUGUCAUGAAACGUUUAGGUGAUUCCUUAGCACGACCAUUGACAUAUUCGGUGAGUGGAGAUUGUAGAAUCGUUCGCUGAACUGAUUUAGUGGAUUGUUCAUUUCAACUCUUUCGUUUGUAAACGACACGUAUCUAAUGGACGAUGAAUUAUUUGAUUCACUGGAAUCAUUCGGCAGCGAGCCAGCCGAACUUAAACUCGGCUCGACGUUUUCCGGAAAAGGUCCUGGAUUCCAUACGUUACGAUAUGAUUUUAAACCUGCAAGUGUAGAUAUAAACAAACCAGCUAGUGUUGACAUAAGUUCGGCAAAUCGUGAAGUUACAGUUUCAUUACCCAACUUUGAUGGUGCUGGUGCAGCACACACAGUCUAUAAAGGGUCGCACAAAGAUUACACAAAAGAAUGUGUUCUCAUUAUAGAUCAUACGACUGGAGAAAUAACAUUAGAAAAACUCACUACUAAUGUACAACUCAAAUCAACCAGAAAUGCGGUUGAGAAACCACAAAAACCUAUAGUACAGAUUAAUCCAGUUUUGUCUGAAAAAAAUAGGACAGCUACUGUAGAUAAACGAUUGAAAGGCAAAAUACAACAAAAAAAACAAGUUAAAAAAUCACCCAAAAAAGCUUCUCAGUCACCUAAAGUGGCAAAUUUGUCACCACCAAAUAAUGCUCAACAUAUGAAUAAAUCGCCGCAAUUUUUCAUGUCGGAAUCUCCAAUGUCUUCCAGUCUUCCAUUACUAAAUGAUGAUGAUUGCUCAAUGACUGGGUUUGAUUCCCAAGCACAUCCCAGUUUUUCGUUAUCUGAUAUCAAAACGGACAUUAAGACCGAUAUUAAAACAGAAUCCUAUGACGAUUUGGUCCCUGCAGCUAGAAGUUUAGAACUUAGCGAAUCAUCUAGUGAUUCUGGAUCAAGUAGUUCAUCAGACAGCGACAGUGAUGAUUCAACAACACCUCCUCCUCCUCCUGUUUCUCAAAAAACCGUAGAAAAACACCCUUCACCCAUUUUUAAUUCUCCAAACACUAAUGGCUUUAAAGGUCGUCUAGUAGAUCCAGGACGUAUUUUAGAUGAAGAUCUUCAACUUUCCGAAACAGAUUCAGACUGACUGCCAUUUUGCGGCGAUUUAAUUGAAUACCAAAUACCCCAAAUCGAAGCCGUUCAGUCGUGCAUCAACAAUAAAAAAAAUUCUUAUGAUUAUGUAUUUUUAAACCUACUUAAAUCUCUUUUGAUUAAAAAUAAAAAUAAUUACAAAAAUGUA